AUGACCCGAUUCUGUAAGCACAACCCGCCGUCAUUUGAUGGGACAUUUGACGUUCAAGUGGCGGAAGAGUGGAUUAAUCGCCUAGAGAAGAUCUUCAAGUUUUAUGAGAAGUACUUUCCGAGAUCUAUCCAAGAUGAGAGAGAAGUGGAAUUUCUGACUCUGAAGCAAAGGGAUGAUAAGCCUUUUGAUGAAUACUUGUCUAAGUUCAUCCGUCUCUCUCAUUAUUCAAGCUAUCUCCAAUAUAGAGACAAUGAGAGGUGGACAACAGAGAAGAUGGUUCAAGGACUGAGGCCAUCAUUGAGGGAGAUGAUUGCUCCCAGACAAUUUGAGCAGUUCAAUAAAGCAGUGGAAGCUUACCGAAUCACGGAAAGCAGCUUCAACCAUCAUCUGAUGGUCAAGACAACUCCCAGAGCAGAGAAGGGAGGUCAAGGAGGUCAAAGUGUUACCUCGUCCAACGUGAAUAAGAAGAGGAAACAACCCUGGAAUAACCGUAAGAACAAGAAGGGUGGUAAAGCACCCAAGGGCAAGGAGUGUCCUAAGUGUGGCAAGAAUCACGGUGACAGAAUGUGCAUGGCUGGGCAGAAUGUUUGCUACACCUGUGGCAAACCUGGACAUUUCUCAAGGGAGUGCCCACAGAACACCGAGCAGGCAAGACCACAUACCCAGGGCCGAGUGUUUGCCAUCACAAGAGAAGAAGCCUGGCAGUCUCCGGAGAUGAUCCAAGUGCAAGUCGAAGUUGAGGAAGGGAUAGGAGAAAUCCCGGUGGUCAGGGAAUUUCCAGAAGUGUUUCCGAUAGAGAUCGCGGGAUUACCCCUAGACAGAGAAGUAGAAUUCACAAUUGACAUAGUACUUGGAGCAGGACCAAUCUCUAAGGCCCCUUAUAGAAUGGCUCCCAAUAAAAUGACAGAACUUAAAAAGCAGAAGAGGAGUUACUUGAAAAGGAUGCUAGCAAGCAGGGACUGGGAUGUGUACUUAUGCAGCAAGGAUGGGUAG